AUGCGCCCCCAAAACCUGAGCGUCCUCGUCGGCGCGGUUGGCCUGGCUGCCCUCGCCGCCGCAGCUCCUGCCCUCUCGUCCUACGACGUCUGCCAACCAAGCAUCACCACGGUCUUCGUUGAUGUCCCUCAAGUCACUACGAUCACCGUCCGCGAGAAUGAGACAACUGCCCCUCAAUACACUACGAUCACCGUCCGUGAGGAUCAGACAAGUUCCCCUCAAUAUACUACAAUCACCAUCCAUGAGGAGGAGACAACCACAGCUACCGUGUACCACUCGGUCCCGUCCAACGUGCUCACUCCUACCACCACUAUCACCCGUGUUUACACCAUCCUCUCCACCAAGACUAACUACAUUGAGACCACCUCCCUCAGCGUUGCUGUUGCGGUCAGCCCUCUGGUAUCUUACGAGACUACGGUUACUCAAACUGCCAUGGUCACCGUCACUGAAUACGGAUCAACCUCGACCCCAACCCCAACCCCAACUCCACCCAGCUCUAGUAUCCUUGCCUUCAUCGUUGAGAAUGGUAUGACCUUCUGGUUCGGUGGUCGUAAGCCUUCUUCGUCCUACGUCGUCAAGACAAGCGUGGUCACAAUUGUGCCUGUCUACACUUCGGUUUCCGAGGAGCUUACUAGCACCUUGACCCUCCAGAGUACUAUCUACAUGACUCGUACUACCCUCACUCGAACCUUAUCGCUCGCAAAGCAAACCACUGGCCCCUAUGUUCAAUCCAUCGCUUCUAGUCACACAAGCUCGUGGGGUGGCUGGAAUGUAACUUCGACUGCCGGUGGAGUCGCCUUCCCUGGAGCUACUGACCCUGCGAAGCCGUCUUCUCCGGUCUCAUUCAUCACUGAGGAGACUGUUGACAUCUACAAGACCUCCAGCCACUCGUAUAAAGUCACCAGCUAUGCAGCUCAGGGUGGAUUCAAACCAUUUUCCACGUCAAGCACCAUCUGGGUCCCCGCUUACCCCACCGCCUCAUCGACCCCUUGGACCACUGCUGUUGUCAGUGGUGAGACCGUCUCUUGGAAUGUCCAUGGAGUUACUCAGACUUUCACUCAGACUUCGCCCGUUGCACCAUUCCUGAACAGUACUGAAAUUGCUUCUCAAUCAACCAGUGCUGCCCUCGGUGCCAUCAAUCCUACUUCUGGCCCUACCUCGAUGUCCAGCAAGUGGCCCAUCUCUUCGCCAGUAUCGUCUGCCGCCACCUGUUUCACCAGCAGCAGCUUCGUGAACGUGACUGCAAGCACUCAUAUGGGUGUCUUUCCAGCUGGAACCGAGACCUCGUUCUUGACCUCGCUCGCCCCCACCACCUUAUCCACCAUGGAGCCGACGGCCAUGAGCAAUCAGAGCUCCGGCACAGUUUCUUCCUCUGUCAUGGUCUCCUCCCCUGCUCCUGCCAUGCCUACCAAGUGCGGUCUGCUGGGCGACUUUGUCUUGAACUUUGAUGACAUCCCUCCUCUCUCUGUUAGCAACCAGAGCACGGAUUUCCAGCCAGAACCUGUUCCGAAUCCAUACCACAAGUUUGACUUUUCGAACGGCUUCACGGUUGUCCCACCACCAGUCGACCCAUACCUCCCCGUGUCGAAGCCACUUCUCCUCGAGUUCAUCCCAAACUUCACGGUCAAUGCAUCCACGCCAGAAUCUGGUCCAAACUCUGCACAAGGUGGAUUCUCUGGCGAGAUUGGCAAUAUCGAUCAUGGUGCCACCGGAUGCUUUAGCUUCAACUUCUAUGGAGCCUCCCUGGGAUGCGACAGCUUCGGCGCCGCCUGCGAGUUCACCUUCACUGGCUUCAAGUUUGACCGCCUUUCUCGCCAAACCAGAUCUGUCGUCACUCAGCGAGUCUCGGUCCCGGCCUGCCCGUCGCUCAAGAGCCUGGAUUGCGUCCUCACUCCCGUCAGCCUCGAUGGCCUCUUCAAGGAUCUCGACUCGGUUGGCAUGAACGUCACUGUUCAAGGUCGACCAAAGAUCUGGUGGAUGGAUGACGUUCGUCUCGGCUGGUUUGACAACAGCUGCGAGAAGGGUGUUUGCAGAACCCAUGCUCCAACUCGUCAUCAUCAUGCCCCAACUCACUCCUAA